CUCUCAAAGUAAAAGGUUUUUCCAAAAUGAAAACUUUGCUGCAUUUCUUGUUCCUCCUCUGCUUCAAUAUCCUCCUCCCUGCAGUUCACAGCCAGUGUAUUAAAGACCAGCAACAAUCAUUGCUCUAUUUGAAGAAAAGCCUUCAAUUUGAUCCACUUUCAUGCCGAACCCCGCUCAUAUCUUGGAAUUCAAGCACCGACUGUUGUUCUUGGCGUGGUGUUACUUGCAAUGGAGAUGGGCAUGUUGUUGGGCUUGACCUUAGCACAGAAUCGAUCGUUGGUCCAAUUCCAGGAUCCUUUGCCAACUUUUCAAACCUGAGGGAGUUGUAUUUGGGUUCGAACUAUAUCUCCGGUCCAAUUCCAGGAUUCUUUGCCAAUUUUUCGAAGUUGACUUCCUUGAGUCUCAGGGAUUGUCAGUUGCAUGGAACAUUUCCCAAAGAGAUCUUUCAGGUACCUACUCUACAAACUAUUGACCUUUCGGGUAAUUUUAAACUUGGUGGUUCCUUGCCAGAUUUUCCCAAGAAUAAUGGAUCUCUUCAAUCCUUGAUUCUACGCAAUACAAACUUUUCAGGGUCACUGCCUGAAUCAAUUAGCAACCUCAAAAUGUUGUCCACAAUAGAUCUUUUCAAAUGCAAUUUUACUGGAUCAAUCCCGUCGUCGCUCUUUUCUCUUCCCUUAUUGUCACAACUAAACCUUUCCCACAAUCAAUUCUCUGGUGAACUUGCAUUUUCUAAUGUCUCUUCCAACUUAGUUACCCUUGAUUUAAGCUUCAACAAUUUGGAAGGACAAAUACCGGUUUCUAUAUUUAAUUUUCGAGGCCUUCAAUCACUUCGUCUUUCUUCCAACAAUUUCAAUGCCUUUCCGAUUAAUAGCCCUCAACAGCUAAAAUAUCUUACGAACAUCGACCUUUCAGAAAAUCAUAUCCAGGGCAAGAUACCCCAUUGGAUUUGGAGUUCCAAUCAACUUGAUUCCCUAAAUCUUUCUUGUAACUCCUUGGUUACUCUGGAACCUACUUUAUAUAAUUCUACUGUGAAAACUGUUGACCUUCAUUCAAAUCAACUUCAGGGACAAAUCCCCACUUUCCUACCAUUUGCCAAGUAUCUGGAUUACUCGAUAAAUAAUUUCUACUCGUUCUUCUCUUUUUCGAGCAACAACUUGCAUGGGCUCAUUCCAGCAUCAAUAUGCAAUGUCCCAAAUAUUCAGAUUCUUGAUAUGUCUAAUAAUUCUCUCAGUGGCAUGAUUCCCCAAUGCUUGACUGCAAUACGCGAUAUCAGUGUACUUAACUUAGAGAGAAACAAACUCACUGGAACUAUUUCUAAUGUUGAAGUUUCUAAAGAUAGUUCAUUGGAAAUUCUAGAGAUCGGUAGAAAUCAGUUACGUGGCCAGGUUCCAAAAUCUCUAGCUAAAUGCACUGAGUUGAAGGUUUUAAACAUGGGAAACAAUAAUAUAACAGAUAGCUUCCCAUGCUUGUUGAAGAGCAUUUCCACCUUGCGUGUCCUUGUUUUGCGGUCCAACAACUUUUAUGGAGGUAUUGAAUGUCUCAACACCAAUGGCACCUGGCCAGGGCUUCAAAUCAUAGACCUAGCUCACAAUAAUUUCCGUGGUGAAAUACAGGGAAUACUUUGGAGAACAUGGCAGAAAAUGAUGGUUACCAAAGAUGGUUCCCAAUUGACAAUCAAAGGCCACAAGCUUAGAAAGAUAUAUAAUUAUCAUUCUCUAACGGACAGAGGCAAUUAUAGACUUAAUAAGGCUCUAACGGAAAGUGGCUUAAUGGCUCCAACGGACAUAAACAAGGAUCUAACGGACAGAGGCAAUUAUAGAUUUAAUAAGGAUAAGAAUCCAACGAACAGAGGCAGUUAUAGAUUUGAGGAGGUUUCUUUGGGCUUUGAGUAUGGUAUAAGUAUAACAGUUACCAAUAAAGGUUCAGAGAUGAAUUUGGUAAAGAUUCUAUCUAUCUUCACCUUGAUUGACUUCUCAUGCAACAAUUUCAGUGGACCAAUACCUAAGGAAAUGGGAGAAUUUAAAUCACUACAUGUCCUUAACUUGUCCAGAAAUGCUUUCACAGGCGAAAUCCCAUCCUCAUUUGGUAACAUGAGUUUACUCGAGUCCUUGGACCUGUCACAGAACAAGCUGAGCGGGCACAUUCCACCACAAUUGGGAAAUCUUACUUUCCUUUCGUUCUUGAAUCUCUCAAAUAAUCAAUUGGUCGGCAUGAUCCCAACCAGUACUCAGUUUUCAACAUUUCCAAAAGCCUCCUUUACAGGUAACAAACGAUUAUGGGGCCCUCCUUUGACGGUGGAUAACAAAGCAGUAUUGUCACCACCACCAACA